AUGAGGACGGUGUUCACCGACGGUCAGACCAAACACCUGGAGGCGCUGUUCGAGCUCACAGACUACCCGACGGUGGAGGCGCGCGCGGAGGUGGCGAGGAGCACCGGGCUGAACGAGGAGACGGUCAGGGUGUGGUUUAAGAACCGCAGGGCCAGGAGGAAGCGGCAGCGCAGCGGGUCAAAGGUCAACUCUCCUUCCCCCUGUGCUGCAGCAGAGAUGAGACUUGUCUCCUCUAUUCUCUGAAUCCACAUAGAUUCUUCACCUGCU